AUGUUGUACUCCCAGAUCCUCACCGCUGCUGCCCUUGUGGUCUCCGUUUCCGCUGCCUCCAGCUCUGCCAGUGGUUCUUCCGCUGCCCACUCUUCGUCUGCUUCCGGCCACUCUUCCUCGGCCUCUGCUGCUGGUUCGAGCUCCAAGUCUGGCUCUAGCUCCAAGUCUGGCUCUAGCUCUAAGUCUGGCUCCAGCUCCAAGUCUGGUUCCAGUUCCAAGUCUAAGGGUGCUGCCAGUGGCCAGACUGUUGGUGGUGUUGUCGCUGUUGCUGCCCUUAUCACAUCUACUCGGUCCAUCGCCUACAACUGCAUUGCCAACGAGCGCGUCAUAAUCUACUCGUUAUAA